UUGUGUACAGUGGCACAGUUCCACUUAUUUUUGUCGAUGAUAUGUUUAUUUGCCGUUUAAUAAACAUCGUCACCUGGAGCGGGUGCAUUCUUGUCCUCGUUCCUGCUUGACAAGAGCUGUCGGCGGGUGGACCUCGCACUUCGCACCCGUCCUGCGUUCAAGAGGCAGGUGACCAUUGUGUGGAGGUCGAUAUAACACACGUGAGGACACGAGGACCGAACCAUGCACACUCGUGUCUGAACGCGCCCCACCCGCAGGCUAAAAAUAGCGGCACGUGACGGCGGUGGAGGCGCGGCAGACGACAUCAGACGGCGGUGUACUGCGGGCUGCCGCUGUUGCUGGCUUCAGGUCUGCCCCCCACACACACACCACCACCAACACACACACACCGCCAGCACAGGUCGCCCACCUCGCAGUCGAGUCUGGCAGGUGAGCCUGUGUCGUCACACCGCCUCCUGUCACGCUUGCCUGCGGUUCACAGCGACACCAAGCGUGCUGCAUGAAGUGUGACCCCCCGGUGGGAGGCUGACAUCGCUCGCACCUCCCGGCAGUUGCACUUCAAACCAGUCCGACUACCAGGGACGUCUCUACCCCUCUGUGACGGCCGCCACCCGGUGUCUGUGAGCCCUGCCUUAGCUCGGGUACGAGUGUCCGCGUGUGUGUGGGGAUCGAACUGUUUCCUGUAACGAGGACAACACGCGACGAUCUGUGCACACGUGACAUCACCUGCUGUGAUUUCAUUUCUGAGGAGGAGACUAAUUUCCGACAGAAAUCGCUGUGACAUGUUUGUUGUUCUGCGAGUGUGACACGCUGAGAAGUGGCGGCUGUCGGAUGGCCAUCACCUCCCGUCACACCUGUGACCCCGUGAAGGUAACGAUCCUCGCACCUACUGCCGCUGUGUGACAACAACAAGGGGCCGCCACAUCCCACAGGAGACAGUCUACCUGCCGCACGGAGCACCAAGGGUGAGGUGGGUGGGGACUGCUGCCGUCUACUCGUUCGUCUCCUCGCUGUGUUUGUUUGUGUGUUUGCGAGCUUGUCCACGUGCCAAAGCAUGAUCCCAGUGCACGUGACGGAGUCUGUGACUGUCGUCAAGGUGCCCUCCAUCGCCCAGCGGACAGUGGAGAGCUGCCUUCGCUUCUCCGACAUGCGGCGCCACAAGGAGAUGGUCCGGUUCGAACCCCGCCUGGCGGCCGUGCGUCAUGCCGACACACUCAUCGUGUACGGCCACAACAGCACGCGCAAGCGCUACGUCAGCCGCACCUUCUACGAGCCGCGCGUGCGCGCCAGUUCCUGGGCCGAGACCGACUUCGUGCGACCCAAAACCACGCAGAGGAGAUUCCAGUCCUUCCUCGACUACCACAUCGACGACUGCCGCAAGUGGUUCAAGACGUGCGUGGAGUUGAAGGCUCGGACCUUCUCCACCAUUUACGCUGGACAUGGCGACGCCACCAUUGCCGGAACCACCACAACCACCACAUCGACAAUGGCGCCGUCUGGCGGUUAUGGUGGGGUCCACGACGGGCCUGGAGCUUCGCAGGUCUACAUCCCAGUCCGGCCAGAGGGCAACGUCGGCUUUGAUGAAAGAGAGUUUGUGGUCAGCCUGACCGCCAAAGACAAGGUGGACAUCAACAUGAAUGAACCGUUACACAACGGCUUCUGACAGCCGCGUGCACACGUCAGCACCGCUAUCUGACUGUCAGCCCCACUCAUCCCUUUACGUCCACCCUCCACCCCUUCUCUUGUCGCCAUGAGGUGGACCGUGUGACCGCCGGGUGUGUCCUGGACAGGGUCAAGAAGGACAACCCUGGACCUGCCGUGUUUCAUUCGGUUACCUGCCCUUGACGCUUUGACCGUGAACACCAGGUGUGCAGCAACUGGGGCGUGGACUGGGGCACGGACACCAUGGACUGAGCCACGCACAUGAUGGACUGAGCCAUGAACUAUGACCGGCAGCCUUGGCCUUCCUGUCUAUAGAUUAUACUUACUGUCUAUGUCUAUAGAGUGUUUCAUGUCUAUAGAUUAUAGUGUCUAUAGAUAUUACUGUCUGUCAUGGCAGUGAUGCUAUUAACACCUGUACAACACUUGCUUGUCGUCUGUCCCUCCUACAUUUACUCGCCUUGUACAUGUCUACUCCUGUCACUCGCUACCCAGCGCAGUUUUACAUUGUUGUGUAGUUUAGCACUGAUAUAGCGAGCUGUGUAUGUCAAUAUAUCCUGUGUUGUGGUGUGUGCUGUGUAUAGACAAGGCCGUUGAUCCAUGGCAAAGAUUAGUGAAGGCUGUGCACGACUUGAGGGCUGAGGGCAGCAGUGUAAGGUGGCACAGGGCACACACCGUUAGGUCACGGGCACAGGUCGAGCAAUGUUGCCUUACAAGGCGAGACUCAUUACUUGCCCAACCGGCGUCUGAAGGCCCUUGAGUCAGCUACCUGACGACACCUGGCUUUGUGUGGCGAGCCGCCACUCGUUCCCACAGCAGUCAAGCCAGGCCUCAAGUACCCACCACCCCAGCCACCCAGUCACCCACCUGCCUGCACAAGUCAAGAUUUGAUUCAUACAGCCCUGUUUACACUCUGUCAGCUGUAAUGAGGAAGCUGAGACCCAAGGAGACUGAGGUGGUGGCGGCUGUAGUUAAAUGCCAGUUUUAUGAUAAGAUUGCUGUGCCCAGCCGUGUCACGCCGGUAUGCACUGUAUGCAGAGGACUUGGAGCAAACAUGGCAGUUUACCUGUGUUCUGUGCAGGUGUGUUCUUGCCGACUGAACCCUGGUGUACUCUAGCACCAGGCUACUAUUAACUUGCUUUUAUUGUUAGUGAGCUUGGCAAGGUGUCUCACUGUACACUCGAGCUUGAGCUUGCUGCACAUGUUUCUACAACUUACAACUGUUCUCAAGAAGCCAAUCUUGAAAUGUUUUUUAAAAGUUGUCCUGUGCUGUUUAGAUACGUCCCACCAUCGCAUACGAAAAGUGAUGCUGACAGCAACGAAAGUCUGGCUUAAACAGCUUAAUCAUAUUUACAAUAAUUUUAGUUCUAAAGUUUUCAAAUUGCUUUGUGCACUGCAUUUCUCUAAAAUGAUUAUCUAAACAAAUGUAAGGCCUACAAGUGUUUUCAAUGAGAAGUGUGUUGUGCAACUGUCCCCAGUACAUUAUUAAUUUUGCUGGGGAGUGCAUACUGGAAGUCCACCUAAUGUGGAGACAAACGCUAAUCGCUGUCAUAAAUAUGUGUUUUGAAGA